AUGCCUCCCCCUCCCCCCCAUCCAGGGGCCCCUUUGCUCUUGGCACACCCGAGGGGAUAUAAGGCAGUGCGUGCUGGAGGAGGGUGCGGUGUGAUCUCUCCAAGUCCGCCGGCGGCCAAGGACUAUUCUGUGGGUUCCGGAAGGAAUCGCAAGAGUGAAUUCAGGAGCUUCCUUAAGAAACUGCUGAACAAGGACUCACUGUGGUCUCCCGCCAGCCCGAGCUCAAAGCUGAGAAAAUGGCCUUUCUGGUUCCAACCACUGCAGCUUCAGCCAGAAAAAUCCGACCUUUCUUCCCUCUUAACCCCACCCCUCAUAAUCUCCAACACUUUGCCAUCUCCACAGCCUGGUUCAGUCCUCAACUCUCCCUGCGAGGUCAUGGCAGGAUGUGGCUUGAAGUCCUUCGCCUCUCUGCUCAGCCUCCUCGGGGGACUGCUUCCAGCUAGUCAGGCAGCCGAUCAUGUCCCUUGGGUGCUCUGGUCGACCCAUAGCUCAUUAUGGCCUCUUCAGCCUGCAUUUCAUGAAGGUCAUAUUAUCUCAAAGCAGGAGCUACACGUGUUACUGAAACCAGCUAUUACCCAGCAUUCCCCAAAUCUUGUAUUAUUUCUUCAAGAUGAGCUCAGUAUAGAUGACCUCACAUAUUUCAGCAGUGACUGUAGAUCUGAGAGGUCACUCAGCAAUAUUCAGGAAAUUCUCUCAGCAUCAGCAUCAGCAUUAGUUUUACCUUCUGUGGACUCCAAAGCUAUCAGUCACGUGAUGGACCAUCUCCCCAAAAUAGCCGACUGGAAGCUAACACAUGUAGAGGACUUUAAUGUAUCUCACCUGGAGGUAGAUACCAGAAAGCCUAACUUAUUCAUAGUGACACUCCAGUCUGUCAAAAGACAAAGUGGCAAGUUUCCUACCCAGCCUUUCAUUGAGAAUGACAGAGUAAUUAGAAGACUGACCACUAUCUUGCAGAACCAAGGAGCUCCGUUUUCUGCUAUUUACACUGCAGUGAGAUCUUCAAGGAUUCUCAGACGGCCCAGUGCGAAAGUACAAUCAAGACGACAAUUAUUGGGGGUUGAAGCUGAGCAGAAGGUUCCAUAUCCUCCACUGAGCGUGACUGAUGGCAUAACAACCUGCAUCUUGUUUUUCGCCAGUAGACUCUCCCUGGUGAUGAACCACUCGCUCUGGGUGGAGCUCACCAACUUGACCUUCAUUUCUCAGAAAGUAAACUUGAACGCAUCUAUGUGUUCCACCAACCAAACCAUGUUGUCCUUGAAGUAUACAGAACCCACAAAGGGAGUCAACAGCCUGGAAAUACAAUUUAAAAUGACCAGCAAGUUCUACACAAGUUCUGGUCGCAAAUGGUUUACUUUAGAUUCGGUGGAGAUUUUACAGGACAAUAGAGAAGCUGCUCAGUUUAAGGCAUCAAUCAUCUCAGCUCCUGUGGAGUAUUCAUUUCACUGUCAGCUGGUGGGAACAAGUCCUCGCUAUGGUGCCUGGCUGAUUCCCUCCAAUAAUGAAGCAAGGAGCUGGGACAUUGUCAUUUCUGAAUUCCAAAUCCAAGCAUUUGGAGUCCAAAACAACGUGUUCUCAUAUGCCAGUGACUGCAGUGCUUUCUUCUCUCCUGGAAUUUGGAUGGGUCUAGGGGUAUCUAUUGUCUUCCUAUGGAUUCUGACAUAUGGAAUCCAUAUGAUCUUGCAGCUGACCAUCAGCAGUAGAUAUGACGACCCCAGAGAUACUCCACUGUCCGUUCCUCACGCAGAAUGAAUAACGAUUGAUUGACUGAUUGAAUGAAUGACAGAAUAUCCCUGCCUCAAUUCACAGUUACCUUUAGCUCUUUAGCAAUUCUCUAUAGCCAUCUCCUUCUUCAUCCUGAAUGGUAUCAUAGCAAAUCUAUAUUUUUUUCUAAUGGCUCGUUAGCAUAAUGAUGAGGAAAUGUUAGUCUCAAAUACAUUGAAGUCCAGGCAAUAAAAGCUUCCCUGAAAAAGUAAUCUUGCUCUCAUCAACAAUGAUAAUUCUGCCAGCUGUUACCUGCUAGUUAAUCACAGGCAGAGAUAAGGGCCAGAGGAAAAGUCAACCAUCCCCAAGACCCGAGACGGUCAUUAAAAUGACCAGCAGUGUCUGCCGGCAGAUUCAUUACCUCUAUUAGAAAAGCACAUUUUCAAGUUAUGCUCAAGGGCUCUCAUUUCAUGGAAAAUAAAAUGUUUAUUAAGAAAUUA